GAUAGUGUUAUCAGUCUUUGUGUUUGUGUUGAUGCUGAUGUUGAUGCUUGCGGUGAUAUUAUACAAAAGUUUCAGAAAGAAAAAGCGAAGACGAGACAUCAUCUGUUCAGAAGGUGAAGGGCAGCAAAUGAUUUCGAUAAAAAGCAAAACCCGAUGGGAGAUAACUAAGGAGUUUCAAAACUACUUGGAGAAAGAAAUUCAUGGAAUGUUUCCUAAUAUCUUGAAUACCUUUUACUUCGUGCCUCCAGUAUACUUUAAUAGAACUCAAUACAAAACACAGCUUGCUGCCGAUGAAGUCAUCUACGUCCUGGACUCUCAUGACCCUCCUGACUUCAGACAGGACCAAGCAUUACAACAUGUCUUUCACUGCUUACGGCACAUGGCAGAACAGAGACAGGAACAAAUGUUUGUUCUGACACAGUUCAGGUACGAAGACUAUCUAAACAGUCCAGAUAGCAAAUACAAUAAACACAAGCUGCCUGUACCUGCUGAUCUGAAAGAGGCUGAUAAACGAACAAAGUGUUUCGACCUUCUCAUCUUUCACCGAAGUCUUGGAGUCUUAGUCGUGGUGGUCAAGCCUGUCAGUGGGGAUGGCCAUGAUGACCAUCAGAAACUGGCCUCACUUGUGGAACUAGAACUAUCCGAGGCCAUCCAGCAGCUGAAUAUGGCUAAUAGCAUACUCAAACAUCUUAUGUCGGAUCAGGACGUGCAUCCGAUAAUCCGACAUGCUGUGAUAAUGCCCAAUUUAGAGAGUUCUUCGCUACGGGAAGCCAUUAACACUGAUUCGAAAGUGGUCAAGAACUUGCUCAGAUGUUUGGGAGCUACAGCAGAAGAAAAAGUCGAGGAUCUGUGUCUGUGUGCCGAGCACCUGUCAAAGCCAGACACACCUUGGGACGUCAGUUCUGAAGUUGUCAGUAACAUGCAGAGAUGGUUUAAGAAGAUAAUGAAAAUCCCUGUGUUGGACACAAGUUCUUACGAGAAGUUUUAUGUCAGCAUGAUCGCUAGAUUUUGUGGGCCUGCCACAAAGUCAAGUCUAAAGGUCCCGAAUGCUUCCGCACCCUUCGUGUUGCCCAAGACACUGGACGAAGCCGUGUUCUUGACCGGACAAAUGUUUGAGCGGUCUGUACUUAGCUCAGACAUGGCUGAACUGUUGAAUAGUCAAAGAAGGUUUCUCUAUGGGCCACCCAAUACGGGCAAGACAAGGAUGCUGACUCUCAUUGGAAAAAAGUGUCUGUCCAGUGGCAAUGAUGUGCUCAUCGUUAAAGACGAGUCUUCAAAGAGCGACAGCUUUCUCUCGGAACACUUGCAGGCGCUAGCAGCAUCCAACACGAAGUUACCAAGGUCUACUUUCGGCUCAGUCUACACUGAAACAUGCGACUUGAAGCAGAAAACAGCUGAAAUUAUCGACAGAAUCAAAUCACAAGAAGAGAAGAAAGUUCCACUUGUCCUCCUGGACGACGUACAUCUUGACGAGCAAAAUUUAAAAAUCGUUCUAGAGGCCCUGCUAAAAGAAUUUCAGGGUCUAUGGGUGACUUCUAUCAGUCGCCAUACGUGUUCAGAAGGUUUACCUGAAUCAUCGCUCACCUGCUGUCUGAACUGCCCGCCGGCUACCUUGAGAGUAGCACCAUUGGCAGACAGGGUGUACGGGAAGCACACAGGUUCAAAUGAAGCAUCACAGCAUUUCUUUCCUACAGACGGCCCACCUGUCAAAUACUUCUACCACCGAAAACAGUCACAUCUUGGGUGUCGUCUUCAGUAGACUGCGGGACGGCCAUUCCCUGGUCCUCUACAUCACGUGAGUGUAAGGAGUGUGGACUGAACGUCGGCGAAUUUCUUACGAAAACUCUUCUCAUCCGCAAAUCUGACCUAGCUGAGAUGGAAACACACGUAAACAAGUCCGCGGCUCAGGUAGAAAACAUGGCUAAAUCAAGAUCAGUUCUUCACUGCAGUGACAUUCUGAUUGUGUUUGAGUGUGAAGGGAGAAAAGAUAACUUCCUGAGGGGCUUAAGGGAGUCUGGCAUCGCAGUUCGUCUGCUCCAGUUCGAAAAGGACAAAGUCGUUGCUACUGACGACGGCGACACCGCAUUGGCUUUGACUGUUGGUCAGAUGCAGAUGUUCAGGGCAAAGAGAAAAAUCGUUGUGUAUGUGGAGUCUGAUUCUGAGUGCAAAGAUGUGGAGAACAAACAGCGAGCCAUCACCAGCUGUACUUCACAGCUGAUUGUGGUUCGUGUGAAACAGAACAUUCCGUCACAAAUGAUCAGCUUAGUCUUUAAAUGAUAUGGAAAUUUCAUAAUACAUGAUAUUUAAUUAUAGAUGUCUUACAGAUUUUUUUACAACUUUCUGUUAUACAAGGUCUAUGUGUGUUCACUUUGUUAUGCAAUGUUAAUGAGGAUAUAGUGUGAAAUAGUAUGACAUAAGGAAUGUUAAUGUGUUUUUGUUACAGAUAGAAAAUAAAUAUAUGUAUUUUGGCCAACAUGUAUAAAUUAAGGAAAAAGAAACAUAGAUUGGCUUGGGAAAGUGCAGAGAGUAAAAUGUUAAACUGUUUACUAUUAGCAGUCUGAAAUGUAGUCAUCAGAGUCUGCUAUAUUUUGUAUGUAUAAACACAAUCUAUCAUCUCUUUCAAAGGUUUAUGUUAUUAAUAAACACAAUGAAGUUUAAUGAUAUUAAGAGAAAGUUAUUUUCUUUUGAGAAAUUUAAAUAACGCUUAUAGACAUUUUUAUAAAUUUAGAUGUAGUUUUCAUACCCCAAGUACUCUGUAGGCAACAUGAUAACAUAUUACGCUUAAUAAUAUAGAUUAAGUAUUCUUUGAUCAAUAGAGGGAAAUGUAUUAAAAUCCUUUUGUUUAAUCUUUAUAGCCACACACUGUGAUUUACAUUUAUAAUAUUAAUUUGUUUCUAGUCGUAGUAACCUAUGAUAACGAAAGACACUGACCAGAGAAAUAUAAAAAAAUGUUUUUGUGUGAGCACCUAUCAUUUGAUUCACAUUCUUUGUUGUUAUGAAAACUUUUACUAAAAUGAUAUUUUUAAAAAUUGUAUAAACUUUAAAUACUCAUUUUAAUAACAAAAAGACAUGGCCAAUAAACCUGAAAAAGCC